AUGGGAGAACACGCCGAAUAUGUAGCCAGACACGUCGACGCAGACCUCUGUUUCUGGAGACGCCUGGAUGUCGAUAAUGGUAUCCAAGUCGACUUUACCGAGGGUAAACCAGAAGAUAAGGAAGAUAAGCCCAAGGAAACGGAGGUACUGGCCGAGAGGCACAAGGUGCAGGUGCAGGAUAUCCGGGGGCAGGAAUCGUCCUACACACUGGACAAGAACGGAUUCGUCUACCUGUUGCAUGAGAUGCCCGAACUCGGCAGGGUCUCGGACGAAGAGUAUGUCAAGGAGACGAUCAUCCCUGAGACGGAAUCAUUAGUUCGCAAGAUAACUGGCGCUACCAGGAUAGUCACAUUCGCGCAUCGUGUUCGAUGCCUCGCGGAAGAUGGAGCCUUGCUCGCUAGCAACCGCGCCCCGGCGCACAGUGUGCACUCGGAUUUCACGGUCCGGGGCGCACUGCACAAUCUGGAGACGGUUUUUCCGGACACGCAGGAGCGCAAGCGUCUCCUCACUGGCCGAGUUUUGAUUAUCAACGUCUGGCGGCCGUUGAAACCCAUCCAGAGAGAUCCCCUCACGGUUUGUGACUGGAGCUCUGUUAAUAUCCAAGCCGAGAGUAUCCCCACUUGUGUGACAUUGCCAAAUGGGUGGAAUGAAGUUGGGCGGUAUGCGUUUAGUCCGAGUCAGAGAUGGUGUUAUCUCAGCGGUCAACAACCCAACGAACCUCUCAUUUUCACACAGUUCGAUAGCUCCAAAGUGGACGAGGGAGGCUUCACAGUACCACACAGUGCAUUUGUUGACCCGGAAUAUAGUGACUUUGCUGCAAGGGAGAGUCUGGAAAUUAAGAUGUUUGCAUUUGUUUAG